GAUAAUGGAAUGGGCAGCAAGAUCUGAUCACUUGAGAGGUUUUCCAAGGAAAUCUGUGAUAAUGGCUGUUGGUGCGUUUGCAAGAGCAGUUGCUAAUCUUUGCAACAAAACCACAGUUCACAAUGCAGAUACUCUUAUGUAUCUUGUCCGGUCGCGACCACCUGGGGCUCCUCUCAUUACUGUUAGUAAUCACAUGUCGACUUUGGAUGAUCCUGUAAUGUGGGGAGGGUUCAAGGGCCUUCUUUCCCUUGAUCCAGAGUUUGCUCGAUGGGUUCUUGCUGCAGAGGACAUAUGUUUCAAGAACCCUAUCUUCUCUUACAUCUUUCGCACUGGCAAGUGUAUACCUAUAACUAGAGGUGGUGGAAUCUACCAAGAACACAUGAAUGAAGCUCUCCAGCGAUUAAAAGAUGGAUCUUGGUUGCAUACCUUCCCAGAGGGCAAGGUGUUUCAAGAAGAUGUGCCUAUAAGACGACUUAAAUGGGGAACCGCAAGCCUCAUCGCUCGUUGUCCUGUUACCCCAAUUGUCUUGCCAAUAGUUCACCGAGGUUUUGACGAGAUGAUGCCGGAGAACUACUUCAACGGAAGAAGGCCACCGGUACCUCUGUGCAACAAGAACCUUCAAGUCGUGGUUGGUGAACCAAUUGAGUUUGAUGUUCCCAUGAUGGUUGAGACCGCUGUCUCGGCCUCCCGCCUUGUAACGGCUCCUCUUCAAGAAGCGAAAUGGCCUAUCCUCUCUUGUGCUGGCCAAAAGCUAGACGAACCCGCUCAGAGAUGCCUCUACACAGCUCUUUCCGAGAAGAUUCAAUCCUCAUUGGAAACAUUGAGACUAUUAGCCAAGCGGUUG